ACAGCGGUCGAACAGUCUUGUGAGUCCCGUCCCGCCAUUGUUGCGUUUCGUCCAUUUCGCGCCCUUUUUUGACGUGCAGUCAUUUAGUGUUGCAAAUUUUUGCGGAUUUAAUUUUUUAAUUGUGUUUAACAAUGGAAAUGAGGUGGAGGUAUUUGUUAACGUUACUGCUCCUCGGUGUAGCCUUUGCAGCUGAAGAUGACGACAGCAUACCUGACGCUGGAGUAGAUGAAAAUGAUGAACUAGCACUAGAUCAAGAGGAAUCUCGCAACCUACGGCCGCGAGCGUACACGCCAAAUGCAUACAAUACAUUGCCCAGUGGAUUCCGACCAUCACCCUCACUGGCCGAGCUGGCUGGCUACCAGAGACAAUCGGAGCAUCAAGAGGAACCACAAUACGUGGUCCAACAAAGACCUGCACCGCAACAACAGCAGUACAUUGAGGAACCCAGACAACCUCAAAGAGCACCACAUAGGAAGCAGGAACAACGUCCAGCGAAACUGCAGCAAAGACCAGUCCAGGAAGUUGACGAGGAAUUAGAAGAAGAGGAGAAAGAGGAACCUGACCGCCUGUCCCAGCUGCUGCAGCAGUCCAAAUUCAACUGCGUGAACAAGCAGACUGGUUACUACGCGGACGAGGAGCUCAACUGCGAAGUGUUCCACUACUGCCAGGACAAUGUCAAGCACUCUUGGGUCUGCCCCGACGGAUUCUCCUUCCACCAGGUACACUUAAUCUGCAUGCCGCCGACACACGACAACAUCUGCCAGAAAUCGUCAAAGUAUCACUUCGUGAACGAGUACCUUUACCGACCUGUAAACGAGGAGGAGGUCCAGAGGAAACCCAACGUGUCCCUCAAGUACUCCGACAGAUACUACCCCGCUGAGGUCUACAGGGACGACAGAUACGAACAAGAAGAAGAAGAAGAGGAGGAACAGCCCCGCCGUCCUCCCGCACCAGUACAGCUGCAGGCGCGUCCAGUACAGAGGCCGCAGCCACAGCCUCAAGUGUUCCGCUCCGCAGAGGAAGUCAAUAUCCCAUUGGUCCAGAGGCGCCCUCAGCGUCCAUACGACUUCGACUUCUAAAAUGUCUCUACUAAGCCCAUUGGCUAUAAGCUCCUACCUUUUUCCAUAAUCUACUGGAUAUGCCAUUUCUAUUCAGUGGUUUAUGACUUUUGAGUAGAAAAAAGAUUUUUAAUUUAAUUCGUAGUCAUCCUAAAAUCUGACGAUUUUCUGUUUGAUGACUUUAAUUCUUUAAAAAAUCUCAAGUACUGCGCCCAUUUUACUCUUGUCAUGAGCCAAGUAUGAACAAAAUGGUUGAAAUUAUCUUAAUGUGUUUUGUCAUUUAAACUGACCGACACCCUAUUGUAGGUACCUACCAUGUACCAUCAUCACAUUGGUAUAUCUUCUAAGUUUAAGUUUUAAUUAAAACUUAUUUAUGUUUCUGUACAAUAAGUCACAAAUUAGUUCAUAAGCUAGUCUUUGUGUAAACUAAUAUGUUUAAGUAUAACAAAAAUGAAAAUAAAGCGUAUUUGUUUAA